AUGGCGCUUUUAGUUCCGUCACCAGGGAUUUCAUCUCUCGCCGGCGCCGAAAGUCCGGCCAGAAUCUGUCUCCGUACCGGGAAAAGAAGAUAUAGGUUUAGGGUUUGCUUGGGCCUUAGGGAUGUGGAUAGGGAGUGGUGGCUGUACGAGCAAGUGAAGCAGAGCGAGAUCGAGACGGCGUCGUUUUCUGCCGUUAAGAGGAAGGACGAAGAAGGGAAGAAGCACGAUUAUUACGUGAAUACUGGGUAUGCGUUUCGGACCCUCCGAGAGGAGUUUCCAGAGCUUUUCUACAGAGAGCUCAGCUUUGAUAUCUACAGUUUGGGUGACAAUCAUGAAUCACUGAUGGGAAUAAUGAAGAGGAGACCAGGGUGCCCUUCUACUCCAAAGCCUACUUAUUUCGAGUUUUCCUAUCUUUGUGCGCAGGAUUUCUUGGUGGUGUUUGAAGCAUUGGUUAGUGUUGCCGUCUCUCUCUCACGCCCGCCAUCUGUUGCCUCUCUUCUCACGCCGACGGCCCGUCGCCUCUAUUCUCCUGUGACCCCGUCGCCUCUCCUCAGUCCUCAGUUCUCACGCACGUUGCACUCUCGGCGUGUCGGUGCACUUUCAGAUUUAAUGGCAACCCUCAACGACUCCUUUUUGGCUGAUCUUGAUGAAUUGUCUGAUAUUGAAGAAGAACAUCUGGAAGGAGAGGAUGAUGAUGCCGAGCACAUGGAGGAUGAUGUGGAUGGCAAUUUGGCCGACAUUGAAGCACUUAAUUAUGAUGAUCUCGACAGUGUCUCCAAGUUACAGAAAACUCAACGAUACACCAACAUAAUGCAGCUGGUGAUUCCUUUCCAUAGCUCGUCUCACGGGACAUUUCUAGAAGACGACCCGGAAUACCUCCUGAUCGUGGACUGCAACGCGCUGAUGGUCGACAUCGACAACGAGAUAGCAAUCGUUCACAAUUUUGUCAGGGACAAGUAUCGCCUCAAGUUCCCGGAGCUCGAAUCCCUCGUGCCCCACCCCAUCGAUUACGCGCGGCUCGUCAAGAAAAUUGGGAAUGAGAUGGACCUUACGCUGGUCGACCUCGAGGGCCUUCUCCCUUCCGCCACCAUAAUGGUUGUCUCUGUAACUGCCUCGACCACGAGUGGCAAGCCGCUCCAAAAGGACGUCCUCGAGAAGACGAUUGAUGCGUGUGAUCGCGCCCUCUCCCUCGACUCCGCCAAGAAGAAGCUUCUGGAUUUCGUGGAGAGCAGGAUCGGGUACAUCGCGCCCAACCUCUCGGCAGUCGUUGGUGGGGCAGUGGCCGCCAAGCUAAUGGGGACGGCCGGCGGGUUAACGUCGCUGGCGAAGAUGCCUGCAUGCAACGUGCAGCUGCUUGGAGCCAAGAGGAAGAAUUUGGCGGGGUUCUCAACGGCCGCCACGUCACAGUUUCGGGUGGGUUUUUUGGACCAGACGGAGAUUUUCAACAGCACGCCGGAUGCACUGAAAAUGCGUGUGUGUCGGCUGCUGGCAGCAAAGUCAACUCUGGCCGCGCGGGUGGACUCGACCAAGGGAGACCCGUCUGGAGGAACUGGGAGGGCUUUUCGGGCGGAGAUCCACAAGAAGAUUGACAAGUGGCAGGAGCCGCCGCCAGCUAAGCAGCCCAAGCCUCUACCCGUUCCUGACUCGGAGCCGAAGAAGAAGAGGGGGGGUGAUGGACUCGGGGAAGGAUACGGAAUGCUUGGUCAAGCUGGAAAUGGGAAGUUGCGUGUAUCAGUUGGUCAGAGUAGACUUGCUGCUAAAGUUGCCAAGAAAUUUAAGGACAGAAAUUAUGGAAGCAGCGGUGGUGCAACUUCUGGACUGACUUCUAGCCUGGCUUUCACGCCUGUGCAGGGGAUUGAGCUAUCAAAUCCCCAGGCAAACCAGCUUGGUGGUGGAACAAGCACGUACUUUUCAGAGACGGGAACUUUUUCUAAAAUAAAGAGAACAUGA